UCUCUUGUCAUUCUUUCUAGCAUACUGCCGCGUACAACGAUGGACCGUAAGACAGAUGAGAUCACUAAACAAGCCAAGCAAGCUUGGAGAAAGAAGCCCCGGAAAUGGGCUCCGAAAUCAAGAAGAGGCUGCAAAACAUGCAAAAUAAGACGAAUCAAAUGCGAUCUGUAUGAACCUUCAUGCCUGAAGUGUUCUUCUACAGGUCGAGUCUGUGAAGUAAACAGUGAAUACACCCUCGGUCCUAGGAAAGAAGGAGAUAUUCGGGUCAGCCAAAAUCACCAACCACGCGCGGCGAAAGUCACGUGUCAAACCGACAACUGGCACGCGAAAGAAUGCGACUUGAGCUUCAACGCAACCGGACCCCUGAUGAUCACCCCAGUGAGAAGCUCUGAUCAAGGGGAGGCAAUGAUCUUCUUUGAAUGCAUUUCGAUCGAGCAUUUGAAUGCCUACCGUCCCAGCACACCAUGGCGCCACACCCUAAUGUAUUUCUCGCAAACAGUACCAUCAGUACGCUAUGCCGCGCUGGCAGUGGCUUCAAUUCACAGAAAAUACCUUAACCGCAAUCGUACUGUCGGCGCGCCAAAAUCUCAGUUUCUGAAGAAUUGGCUGGACGACCAGACUCCUCUUGAUUAUUAUAAUCGUGCCAUCCAACUUCUAUUGAAACAUGGAAGUAGCAGCGACACAGAAGCGAUAGCUAUAACUCUUCUAGUAUGCUACCUCUUCAUAUGCUUCGACCACCUCGCAGGCGAUGACGUUCAAGCAAUGAAACAUUUAUCAGAGGGUGUAAAGCUCUCGCGCAAUGCCAUCAAUUUGGCGAGGGAUAAUGUUGAUGCUUAUCACGACUUUGAAGCCUCAAAACUCAGCAUGCUCGUGUCUCAGGUCACAAAUCAGAUCCGACGUCUUGAUACCCAGGCUGUGCAAUUUAUAACGGACUGGAAUCCACUGGACAUCCGAAUAUCAGUGAUGUCUUGGUUUCCAUCUUCCCGUACCGUCUUUCAAUCUCUCGAUCAAGCAGCAGAGUUUCUCCAAGUCUUGCUUGCUAGGGUAAUGAGAUUGCGCUGGUACACAAGUCAAGAACAGCAGAUAUACUCAGUUGGCGAGGUAGUGACAUCAAACUCGUCACUCCAAGAAGAGAUUCGGGUUCAUUUGCGGAUGUGGUUGAGCAUGUUCGAAAACAUGCUACAGCAUGACUAUUUGUGCGCAACAAAUUCCUGCAUAUCGCUGAUGCGUCUGCAGUACGUCAUUGCUGGACUGCUUCUCAAUACGUGCGGAUCUGGCAGAGAGAUGGAUUACGAUGACUUCCUACCCCAGUUUCAACAAGCGAUGACACUGGCGCGUGAUGUGGCAGCCGUUCCCAAAGUUGAUACCGAGUCAUCGCAGCCGACCUUCACACCAGAAACUGGGAUUGUCCCUGUACUAUUUAUAAUUGGGUCUAAAUGUCGGCAUCCCAGGCUCCGGCGCGAGGCAAUAAGCAUUUUGCGACAGCGACCGAUACGUGAGGCGGCUUGGGAAAGUACAGCUACUGCAAGGGUAAUCGAACGUAUUAUCGAGAUUGAAGAAAGUGGAUCAGGGGAAAUGGAAUUGUUGCAAAACAUAAAAACGAUCCCUGUAUGGCGAAGAAUCGAGGAUGUGAGCUGGUUGAACUCUCCCUGUGGACCAGAAUCCGAAGCUACGAUGGAUUUCACGUAUACUUUCUGCUCCGCAGAUGGUGUGUAUUGUGAGUCACUUGUGGUUUGA